CACAAAUUUAAUAAAUUCAAAAGUUUAAAAAAAAAUAUGUUUUGGUUGAAAUUAUUAAUUAUAGUUUUAAAUAUUUCAAUAAUUAAAUCAGAGGACCCAGCGACAUUUCUCUCAGCCGAUGAACCGUUUCAAAAUAGACAGCGAUUUUUAUCAGAACUACCAGACUCAUUGGCUAUUAAUAAAUUAGCGUUAAUCGGUACACAUGACUCAGCAUCGACAAAAAAUUUUCCAUUCACGCAGACGCAAGUGUUAUCGAUAAAACGACAGCUAGAAUCUGGUAUUCGGGUCCUAGAUCUACGAGUGCGUAUUACAGAUAAUAAAUUUGCUUUGCAUCAUGGUCCUGUAUUUUUAAAUAUCAUGUUCGGCGAUGCAAUAAUACAAGUGAAUAAUUUUCUAUAUGAUAAUCCUGAUGAAUUUGUAAUAGUAUUCUUACAAGAAGAAUAUGAAAGAUAUAAUUCCAAUUUGAAUCCGUGUCAAAUUCUUGAAAAUUACAUCGCUGAUUUUGGUUUACUGGUAGUCAUGGAUUGGUCUCUCUACGAUAUUAUUGGCAAUCAUCGCGGAAAAAUUUUGUUAACGACAGCUGGAACCGGAUUUAAAAGCUGUCUGACACCUUUAUCACCGUGCGAAGUACAGAACACUUGGAAAAUUGAUAAUUUAUUGCAGAAAAGACAAUUGAUAAGAGAACAUCAAGAUAAAAUGUUUAGGAGAAAUAUUUACAGUCCCUGUUAUAUUAAUUAUUUGAGCGGAGUAAACUUCAUGAUGAGACAUUAUUUUCGUAAUCCACAUAAUACUUUGGUUGUUAUAAUGGCUGAUUUUCCAGGACAAGAAUUAAUAGAUACCGUUAAUUAUAGUAAUUUUGAAAAUAAAAUUGUACCGAGUGCACGAAAUUGGAAAACCAAUUUAUCUGUAGGAACAAUACUGGAAUAUCUCUUUAUUAGCGUCGUUACUCAUUAAGUUUA